GCGAUCGUUGGGCUGUGACAGCAGCUUCGUGCUCGCGCGAGUAACAUUUGGCUUAUAACAUAGUGUAUUGACGCGCUGAGCGGAGUGCAUGUCGCUCAAGUGACUUGCAGUGUUACUCGCUGUUAUGGUGCUAGGCUUGUCCGCCAGUGCUGGGGCCACAGGUCCUGUUGUGCCCACACCCGUCGUUGCAUUGCCGUCCCUCUCAUUUUCAUCGACGCAGGUCGCGGCAGUUUGCGAGACCCUCGAAGAAAGUGGCGACAUCGAACGGUUAGGUAGAUUUUUGUGGUCCUUGCCGGUAGCUCAUCCUAAUUUACGCGAUCUAAGCAAAUACGAGGCCGUGCAGAGAGCCAGAGCAAUCGUUUGUUUUCAUCUAGGUCAGUUUCGAGAAAUGUAUUCAAUUUUGGAGUCUCAACGUUACACGAAAGCCUCUCACGGGCGCCUGCAAGCGUUGUGGCUGGAGGCUCACUACCAGGAGGCAGAGAGGCUCAGAGGCCGGCCUCUAGGUCCCGUGGACAAGUACAGAGUCCGCAAGAAGUUCCCGUUCCCGCGAACUAUUUGGGACGGUGAGCAGAAAACACAUUGCUUUAAGGAGAGGACCCGGACCCUUCUGAGGGAGGCGUACUUACAGGACCCUUACCCCAACCCCAGCAGGAAGAGGGAGCUAGCACAAGCUACGUGUCUCACCCCAACACAAGUCGGCAACUGGUUUAAGAACAGAAGACAACGAGACAGAGCGGCUGCUGCAAAAAACAGGUUGAUGCUCGGCCAGCCUUCGUCAGCAGGACGUGGUAGCCGCGAUGGUCGCGACUCGACAGCAGACGACGAUGACGAUGACGACCUCAUCCACCCCGGCAGCCCCACGACCAUGGACGACACGGACGACGAGGACCUCAGCCUCCACUCCCCCCUACGGGAGUGCCCCCCCACCCCUGACGGCGGAUGUCCUCCCGACGGCGGCCACACCACCGCCUCGUCACACCACCACCACAUCCCCACAUCACACUCCUCGUCCUCUCCCACAUCCCCCUCCCCCGCGACAUCUUUACCCGCACCUCACCCCCCUCUCCCCCCUACCACGUCAUCCAGUUCCCCAUCUAUAUCCCCCCACGCAGGGGCUCGUCUUUCCCCUCACCAGCUCUCCCCGACCUCCCUCACACACAGGCCUUCCCCCAGCCCCCCUCAACCCCCCUCCCCCAUCACGAGGGGCUUGGCCAUCAUCAAGUCCGAGCCUCCAUCGUCCUUCACCCUCGAGACCAUCACUCGGCCGCUGGCCAUCCCCCCCGUCACCUCCCUGCCCCUCAUGUCCUCCCUGGCCUCCCCUCUGGGGUUUGGCGGCCUCGGCCACCUCCCCUUCUCCUCCGAGGGGUUCAGGUUCCCCCCUCACCCCUUCCUCGCCGCCCACCACCGCCUAUUCCAUCCCCUGUCCCUCAGCCCACUCCACCACAUGAGACGCCCCACUCGCCCACUCCACAACAUGAGCUACAUCCAUGCGCCAACAUGA